UGGUCACUACAAGGAGGAAAUGAGUUGAAUUGAUAUGGAAAGUUGAGUUGCUCCUUUUGGAACGUAGAAGCUAGAUAAAUACGAUUACAAUGUGACAAACAUUCUGGAAAAGCCGGAAAAGAAAUGUUAUUUUCAAUCCCAGAGACUACUGAAAUUUUAGACGAUAAUGGAGCGAAAUUUCGGGUCUUCCACGUUCAUGUCAAUGGUGUACUUCACUGCAAAGUUAGAUAUCGCCAGUUUGCAGAUUUCAAUGACAAGUUAAAGAAAGAAUUUAGUGAUCAUGUCCCUACAAGGCUUUUUCCUGGAAAGAAGCUCUUCAGUCUCACAGCUGACCAGCUGGAAGAAAGACGACAAUAUCUGGAAAGCUAUAUCCAGGCCCUGAGUCAGGAUGCUCUCAUAGCGUCCAGUGAAACUUUCAAGGAGUUUUUCUUGGCAACACAGAAGGCUACAAGAAAGGCAUCAGCAGAAGACGUUGACUUGGACAUUUAUUUGAUGAAUGGAAACAAAUUCACUAUAAAUGUUCUUUCCACCGAUGAAACAGAUGAAGUGUUAGAGAUUGCGAUGACGAAGAUUGGUCUAGCAAGACAGUUGUUCCACUAUUUUGGACUCUUUCUUAUGAAAUGCGACGAAAGUGGCAAAACCACUGGCACAGCUGUGCGAAUGCUUCAGGACUUCGAAUCGCCGUUUCUGUCACUUAAAGAGACCAAAGAGCAACACAAGAUUGCCAUUCGAAAGUGCUACUGGUCACCAAAGUAUGAUGAUGACGUCAUGACGGACAGGGUUGGACUCAAUCUGCUGUAUGCCCAGGUUUUAGACGACUUUGACAAAGGCUGGAUCGUUACUUCUGACAAAGAAAAAGAGCGCCUGAAGACGCUUAGAGAAGCUGGCUCUAAGAAGGAGUUUCUCAAUCUGGUAAAAGGACUCAAAUUCUAUGGAUACAUCCAAUUUCAAUCGUGUUUUUGCGACUUCCCAAAGGAAAACUCAAAGACCAUCUUCACAAUUGGCGACAGGCAGCUGUGCAUGAGGGUCCUGACGGAGGAGAAUACAAUAGUAGAGGGAAAAUUUUUAGUUUCGAAUAUAAAGUGUUGGAGAUUAAUCGCAGCAGAACCAAUAAAUGGUUGCGAUGCUUCAAUGGACUUGAAAUUUUCGUUCGAAUAUCUUUUUAGCAAAGACAAGCUGAAAUGGAUAACUGUUUUCAGCGAUGAGGGAAUCAUGAUGAGCAUGUGCCUGCAAGGCAUUGUGGAUGAAAUUAUCAGAGAAAAGGAUGGCAAACCAAUCAGGAUGCCACUAUCACGACGAAAAAGUUUGUCACCGCCAAACUCGAGUCGUUCACCCAAAAAGGCGACAUCAAAACAUACGUCUCCAGUACAGUUUCUCAGUGAGCUGCACGAUGUUGCUGGGUCUGAUAAUGGUGGCGCUACCGCUAGUUCUAAAUCGAUCACGAGCCGCGUCCAUGAUCUGCUAAGCAAGAAAAAUUCCUUAUCAAACGAUGUUUUUGAAGACAUAGGUGAUGAUGAUCUUUAAAAGUAAUCGUAAGUUUUUUUUAUUUAAGAUUCAAGGUGAAUUAUUUAUGCUGUCAUAAGCAAAGUAAUUACAUAUAGAUGAGUAUCAGCAAUUAAAACCUCAUAUUCAUUUUUAACUUCAUUCCGAGUUUUAAGGGAAUUUUUUUAUAAUUUUAUGGCAAUGAUUUUUAGUAGCUGAUAGUUCCUCAAAUCGUUCAAAAAAGGGUGUAGCCCUAUAUCCGGGAAAUUUUUUUUUGAAAUUCGAAUACGUAAAAGACAAAAAUUUAGGUUUUUUUAUUUUUUGUCGCUCAUUAGGAUUUAUAUAGAAAAUAUGUCGCCAGUUUUUGAAAUUUUAUCUUAAGCUGCAAGCAAAUUUUUAAUUCAGUUUAGAUUUCUGUAAAUAGAAUGUUGUAUUAACCAUCCAUUUCGGAUAAAGUAAUCAAUUUUGUUUUGUUUAACAACAACUUUUCUUUUGCUAGUAAGGUCUUAUGUUUUCUUCCAAUCUGAAUUUUUAUGCAACUUGUUUAUUUAUCUUAACUCUCUAAUUAUCAUUGUGUAUCAUUUCCAAGUUGACUGAAAUAAUCAGCAACUGCUAAGCCUUCAACGUUGGAUUUUACAAGGCGAGUAGAUUUGUAUUCAUCGCGCCUCUCUUGUCUCAUCCUAGUUAUUUUGAGAUUACCAAAUGCUAUUCGUCCAUUACAGUUGUAUGCUCGACGCAAAUAAAUGUAGAAGUUGAUCAGGCAUUGCACGAUGGGAUGCAAUCAAGUUAACA